ACGGCAUGUCUGAGCGCCGCGCGCCGCCGCGCCGCUGAGGAGCGUUAGGCCGGGCGCGGGGCGCCGCUCACACCCAUGAGGAGUCGGAAGCUCACAGGUGCAGUGCGGUCCUCGGCGCGCCUCAGAGCCCGAAGUUGCUCGGCCCCCAGCUCGGCCUGUGCCCAGGACGCCGCGGGCUCCACGUUGGCCAGGACAGCAUGCCCGACUUCCUCAUCGCACAAGGCCGCAGACAGGCGAACUUCCAAGAAGUUCAAGUGUGACAAGGGCCACGUUGUGAAGUCCGAAUUACAGAAACCGGCCCCUAACAGUGACGGUGCUUCUCUGCCGGCAGUGCCCGGGGCGCCGCCCGACAGCGCCCUCGCUGGGGACAGUGCACUGCCCGCAGGCUCCGCGGCCGAUGCUGCCGCCCACGAGGGCUGCGGCGCAGGGAGGGAGGCCUGCUCCACACAGACCACAGACGCCCUGCGCAGGCCGCCACACGGCGCUGCUCCCAGGAGCGAAGACGUGCGGGGCUGGUCAGCCACGCAGGCGGAGCCGGAGACGGAGGCGGGGCGGGCACCCGUGCUGCAGAUGGACAGCAGCGCCUUCCUGGACGACGACAGCAACCAGCCGAUGCCCGUGAGCAGAUUCUUCGGGAACGUGGAGCUCAUGCAGGACCUGCCGCCAGCGUCUUCCUCCUGCCCUUCCAUGAGCAGGCGAGAGUUCAGGAAGAUGCACUUCAGAGCCAAAGACGACGAGGAGGAGGACGGCACGGGGGUGUGAGGACGUGCGAGGGCAUGCACGCCCGGGGACGGCGUCGACCGAGGCCGCAGCAGUGGGUGGAGCCUUUGCGGGGCAGCGAGGCCCUCCUGCCCCCGGAGCCGCCCGCCGCCUUGGCCGCCGUGGCCUGAGUCGGCUCCGAGGCCGGGCGUUAUGCGAGAGAGGACUUUACAAAGACACGGCUCCGCGGAAGCCCAUUCAUUUUAUAAUCUGCAGAUUUAUUUUUCUUUAUCAGAAUUUGAUCGUUCUUCUAGUUAAUUUCAUGCCAUUAUUAAAGAACUCUGACUUCUGUAUAUUGAGCUAAUGUUUACAUUGGAAAUUGUGCAGAACACACAUGGGAAAGAAAU